AUGUUUGCUCAAGCCAAGCCUAAGGGGACAACUUAUCAGAUUUUCGAUGGCAAGAUUUUCAGAGAGACAGAUUGCCAUUUUCCAGCUAGAUGUGCUGGAGUGGAGCAUUAUUUAAAAAUACUUGCACCAACCUUACCUGAUAUGGAUUUAGUCAUAAACACUAGGGACUGGCCACAGCUUAACAAAGACUGGGGUCAUAAGAAAGCACCAGUGUUUUCUUUCAGUAAGACAAAGAGUUAUUACGAUAUAAUGUAUCCAACUUGGAGUUUCUGGGAAGGGGGACCGGCUAUAGCAUUAUACCCUACAGGCAUUGGUCGCUGGGACAAACAUAGAACAUCUAUAUCUGCGGCUGCUAAAAAAUGGCCAUGGAAUAAGAAGGAAGGAAGAGCAUUCUUUAGGGGAUCAAGGACAAGCGAGGAGAGGGAUGCUCUGAUUCUUUUAUCAAGAUCUCAUCCAGAACUAGUAGAUGCUCAGUAUACCAAAAACCAAGCUUGGAAAUCUGAUGCAGAUACACUAUAUGCUCCCCCAGCGAGUGAGGUGUCAUUUGAAGACCAUUGCAAAUAUAAAUACCUCUUCAACUACAGAGGAGUAGCAGCAAGUUUCCGUUUCAAGCAUUUAUUUUUAUGUAAAUCAUUAGUAUUUCAUGUUGGGGAUGAGUGGCUUGAAUUUUUCUAUCCAUCACUGAAACCUUGGGUUCAUUACAUUCCAAUUAAUCCAAAAGCUGAUCAAGAUGAAAUAAUGAAAUAUAUAAAGUUUUUCAAUGAACAUGAUACAUUGGCUGAGGAGAUAGCUGAAAGAGGCUUUCAGCACAUUUGGGACAAUCUAUCUGACAAAGAUGUGACUUGUUAUUGGGAAAAACUGUUGAAAAAAUAUGCUAAACUGUUAAAGUAUGAUAUAGUGAGAAACAAGAAUCUGAAAAGGAUAUAA